AUGGCAUCCAUCACUGCCUCCGCCUCCGGCAUCCGUGGCGCCUGCCUGGCCCGGCCGAGGCCCGCGGGGCUGGUGGCGUCGACACCCUGUGCCUGCCUGGCCGUCCCGCGACCUGGCAUGGCCAAGCAGCGCCCCGCCAUCGGCAUCCAUGCUCUCAAUUUCGAGUCGCCGCUCGCAUCGAGCAUGCGUGCGGUCCCCGUUCCAGAGGAGGGCCCCAAGAAGAGCGCCAUGGUGGAGACCCUGCUGCUGGGGUCCCUCUUCGGUCUCUGGUACCUCUUCAACAUCUGGUUCAACAUCUACAACAAGCAGGUGCUGAAGACCUUCCCCCACCCGCUGACCAUCACCGCCUUCCAAUUCUUCAUCGGCUCCCUGGUGUCCCUCACCAUGUGGACCCUGGGCCUCCACAAGAAGCCCCAGGCCAGCACUGAGAACGUCAUGGGCGUGUCCCCCCUGGCGGCGGUGCACACACUGGGCAAUGCGCUGACCAACAUCUCGCUGGGGGCGGUGGCGGUGUCCUUCACACACACCAUCAAGGCCCUGGAGCCCUUCUUCUCCGUCCUGCUCUCCGCCAUGUUCCUGGGCGAGUCGCCCACCCUGCCCGUGGUCCUGUCCCUCUUCCCCAUCAUCGGCGGUGUGGCGCUGGCCUCCACCUCCGAGCUCUCUUUCACCUGGGUGGGCUUCCUGGCGGCCAUGGGCUCCAACCUCACCUUCCAGUCGCGCAACGUGCUGUCCAAGAAGUUCAUGGGCAAGGGCAAGGGAUCUCUGGACAACAUCAACCUCUUCUCCAUCAUCACCAUUCUCUCCUUCUUCAUCCUGACGCCCAUCGCACUACUGCUGGAGGGGGUCACUUUCACCCCCGCCGCCCUUACCGCCGCCGGCGUGCUCAACCACACACUGCUGCUGAAGCGGGCCGUCAUCGCCGCCCUCUGCUUCCAUGCCUACCAGCAGGUUUCCUACAUGAUCCUCCAGCGUGUGUCCCCUGUGACCCACUCCAUCGGCAACUGCGUCAAGCGGGUGGUGGUCAUCGUGGCCUCGGUGUUUGUCUUCCAGAACCCCGUCACGACACAGAACGCCCUAGGCACGGCCAUUGCGCUGGCGGGCGUGUUUGGGUACUCCCAGGUGAAGCGGCUGAGUGGGAAGCCCAAGGCUGCUUGA